AUGAAAGAAAACGAAAGGAAAUGUUACAAGUGUGGAUGUUCUCCUGCUCAUGAUCGUAACAUCACCUUGCAUCAUUUUCCUAAGCCUGGGAGAACAAAUAGCUUACGAUGUGAAUUAUGGGCGAAGUACUGUUUUCCUCAUGACUCUUGGUGGUCACCAGAAUUUCAAAACAAGCUUCAUUCUAAGCAUUUAAUGUUGUGCACUAAACAUUUUAAGAAAUCAUCAUUCAUUGAUAAUUUUGGACAGAGGCUAGUCAAAUCUGCAGUACCUGAUGAGGAAUGUGAUAAGAUCACAUUAGCUGACCUUAAUUUGGAACAAAGGAAUGUCAUUCAACAUAUUGCGGGUCCAUCAACUACUAAACAACCACUGUCUGAAAAUAUUCAGAAGACUAUAACUGUUCCAAAUGUAUUUGAGCCGGUUGCGGGUCCGUCAAAAUGUAUACAACCCUUGUGUGAGAAUGUGCAUUAUAAGACCAUUCCUGACAGAACUAGUGCUAUUCCUCAAGUAACUGAGAAUAUUAACCCUGUUGCUGCUGCAAAUCCAUCCACGAAAAACAAAGAGGAUAAAGAUAUGUUGAUAAAAAUGAAAUAUCAUCUGAGAAAAAUUAACAGGCUUCAAAAAACUGUAAAGCAUCUAAAGAAUGAAGCAUUUCUCAAAGCUGUCAGUUCUUAUAAAGGAGGUCCUGCAACAUUGUUUUGA